UCAGCUGGCUGGUGUUUACGGACAUAUUCAAUCGCUCCCUAUCCCAGUCUGUUGUCCCCACAUGCUUCAAGAUGGCCACCAUUGUUCCUGUACCCAAGAAGGCAAAGAACUGAACUAAAUGACUACCGCCCCAUAGCACUCACCUCUGUCAUCAUGAAGUGCUUUGAGAGACUAGGAUCAUAUCACCUCCACCUUACCGGCCACCCUAGACCCAAUUCAGUUUGCAUACCGCCUCAACAGGUCCACAGACGACACAAUCACCAUCACAUUGUCCUAUCCCAUCUGGACAAAAGGAAUACCUAUGUAUGAAAGCUGUUCAUUGACUAGAGCUCGGCAUUCAACACCAUAGUACCCUCCAAGCUCAUCAUCAAGCUGGAGGCCCUGGGUCUCAACCUGGCCCUGUGCAAUUGGGUUCUGGAUUUCCUGAUGGGCCGCACCCAGAUGGUAAUGGUAGGAAAUAACAUCUCCACUUCGCUGACCCUCAACACUGGGGCCCCACAAGGUGCAUGCUCAGCCCCCUCCUGUACUCCGUUCACCCACGACUGCGUGGCCAUGCACGCCUACAACUCAAUCAUCAAGUUUGCAGACAACACAACAGUAGUGGGCUUGAUUACCAACAACAACAAGACAACCUACAGGGAGGAGAUGAGGGCACUCUGAGUGUGGUGUCAGGAAAACAACCUCUUACUCAACAUCAACAACAAAGGAGCUGAUCGUGGACUUCAGGAAACAGCAGAGGGAGCACCCCCCUAUCCACAUCAAAGGGACAGUGGAGAAGGUGUAAAGUUCCUCGGCGUACACAUCACAGACAAACUGAAAUUGUCCACUCACACAGACGGUAUGGUGAAGAAGGCGCAACAGCGUCUUCAACCUCAGGAGGCUGAAGAAAUUUGUCUUGUCACCCAAAACCCUGACAAACUUUUACAGAUGCACAAUUGAGAGCAUCCUGUCAGGCUAGUACGGCAACUGCACCACCAUCAAACGCAAGGCUCUCCAGAGGGUGGUGCGGUCUGCACAACUCAUCACCAGGGGUCAAACUACCUGCCCUCAAUGACACCUACAGCACCCGAUGUCACAGGAAGCCCAAAAAGAUCACCAAGAACAUCAACCCCCCCCCCAAGCCACUGCCUGUUCACACCGUUACGAUCCAGAAGGUGAGGUCAGUACAGGUGAAUCAAAGCUUGUACCAGAGUAAAACAGCUUCAAGGCCAUCAGACUGUUAAACAGCAAUUACUAACUCGAGGCUGCUGCCUACAUUGAGACCAAAUCACUGGCCAAUUUAAUAAAUGGGUCACUAGUCACUUUAUACAAUGCACUCUAAAUAAUGGCACUUUAAUAAUGUUUACCUAUCUUACAUUACUCAUAUCACAUUUACAGCUGAAGUCGGAAGUUUACAUACACCUUAGCCAAAUACAGUUAAACUCAGUUUUUCACAAUUCCUGACGUUUAAUCCUGGUAAAAAUUCCCUGUCUUAGGUUAGUUAGGAUCACCACAUUAUUUUAAGAAUGUGAAAUGUCAGAAUAAUAGUGGAGAGAAUCAUUUAUUUAACUUUUAUUUAUUUCAUCACAUUCCCAGUGGGUCAGAAGUUUACAUGCACUCAAUUAGUAUUUGGUAGCAUUGUCUUUUAAAUGUUUUAACUUGGGUCAAACGUUUCGGGUAGCCUUCCACAAGCUUCCCACAAUAAGUUGGGUGACCAGCUCCUUACAGAGCUGGUGUAACUGAGUCAGGUUUGUAGGCCUCCUUGCUUUUUCAAUUCUGCCAACAAAUUUUCUAUAGGGUUGAGGUCAGGGCUUUGUGAUGGCCACUCCAUUAUCGUGACUUUGUCCUUAAGCCAUUUUGCCACAACUUUGGAAGUAUGCUUGUUGUCAUUGUCCAUUUGGAAGACCCUUCUGCGACCAAACUUUAACUUCCUGACUGAUGUCUUGAGAUGUUGCUUCAAUAUAUCUACAUCAUUUUCCUACCUCUUGAUGCCAUAUAUUUUGUGAAGUGCACCAGGCCCUCCUGCAGCAAAGCAUCCCCACAACAUGAUGCUGCCACCCCCGUGCCAAACUUUUCCAUUUAUGUCAGCAGUAACUAUGUGCACUACUUUCCAUGCUGUGUGGUUACUUAGUGCUUACUAAGCACAGGAUGAAAAUCAAUUGCAGCGUCACAGGAAGUGAACCAGGCCACUACAGUAUAAAACUAACAGCAUCACCUCAGACAACCAGACCAGGACCACAACACAGCAACAGAACAACCAGACCACAGUACAACACAGCAGCAUCAUGUUAUCUACUUUAAGCUUCCAGUCUUUGACGGUAAGUGAUGACUUUAGUUUCUUCAAGAUAUUACUGGAUUUUGCCACUGGUGUCUAUCAGCUGGGGAAGACAUUAAAAUGUGUGCUGUUUGAAAAGUAAGAGUCCCAAUGAAACCUGGGGUAAAGAUCCAUUUCAGAGGUGAUACCAGGCUACUAACAGUCCCUCGCUUUCUCAGGUGCUGUGUAUGAAGGGGGUGUUGGUAAUGAUGAUGGGGGCAGAGGCGGCCCCCCGUGCCCAUCCAGAGAAGACAGAGAGCCACACACGAACCACACUGCAGACACACAAGAAGCCUACAGAGUCAGAGUCUACAGGUCCCGUCACAGUAAUUCUCCCCUUGCACCUAGACCCAAAUUACUUGGUUCCUUUCCAUUCCAUCAGACCCAUUUGGAACCAUUCAAUCUCCCCAUGGACUUACAACACUACCUAUGACGAUAGACGCUUUCCCCCCAUCAUCUCGGAGGUCAGGUGCUCUCUGAAGGGAUGUCUGAACAUCAAGGGUAAGGAGGACUGGAGCCUGAAGUCCAAACCCAUCUUCUACCAGAUCCUGGUCCUGAGGAAGGUGAUGGGAAGUGGGAAGAAAUGCCACUACCGGCUGGAGUCAAAGGUCAUCUCGGUGGGCUGCACCUGUGUCAGGCCUACCAUCAAACAGUAAUGCUAUUAGAGUGACGAGGUCCAGCCUGGUGGCACAGCUGGUUCGGCCAUGGUGCUGGCAAUAUCAAGGUUGAAGGCUCAAUCCCUACAUGCGUAGAAUGUAUUGAAAGUAUUUGUGUGUUAGUUUUAUGUAGCUUUGGCUGUGUCAUUAAAAGAUUGAUUUGAAUAAUAAAAUAUGGAUAUAUUUUCUAUUGAGCUUUAAAUCGCACAAUUGAUUAUGUAUUGUUUAUUUUGGGUUAUUUAAUGUAUUGGAUAAUAUGUUCGUAUUUAUUUAAAUA